GGCACUUCAACCAGACACACACACACUUACUUCCAUCGCUUGCCGGAAUAUCUCGGCCGGACUCUAGUACGGAGUCCGGCUAACGAUCGGAAGUCGACUCCUGUUGCGUUGCCAUCGAAGAAGGUAAUAAUGCUGAAUUCAAGAUUCUCAGGUUGAAGAAAAUCUAAUUUGCAUUCCAACCAUGUUGUCAUGGCAACAUAUACAAAUUUCAGUGAACUGCUCGUUACAGAAACCACAACUGAAAUUCCGGAUGCUGUCAAGACUACAGUGGUCAACUCGGCACCUAUGCCACCCUUCUUCAGAUUACCCACAACCACCUUGUCUCCGGGGCAUGCGGCCAUUUUGGAAAUGCAUGCCAACAGCCAGUCGAAUGCAAUUAUGUACGUAGUGAUUGUCUUGAGCUUGUAUAUAUUGGGCAUGACUGUUGUCGUCAUCAAAUAUAUUCGCACAGAACGAUACGAAGCUCGACUGACGCGCUUGUUCCACGACUUAGUGCAAAGGGACCGUUUCUUCAGACUCUCGAGAAGACGAUCCUCUCUUCCUAAAUGUGUUCCAGAACCUCCUUCAGCUGUCAACGAAGACGAUCUCCCUUUAUCACCCACCAUAGUAACGCCGGAGGCAAAUGGACCGAUAGAGAUUGAGAGCAAACUCUAAUAGCCUCUGAAACAGCUAUGGAAACCAAAUGAAUUUAUUCGUGUAGCACCAGUGCUGUUGUCUUUCUAACUAUGCAUAUCAAUGGUAGCUAUUUCAAGGGGUCGUCCACAAAUGACGUCAAGCUGUAAGACGGUAGGGGACUGUAUAAGGUGAAGAAUAACAGUAAAAAGAACAACUUUUAAACACUGAAAUUGAUGGAAUCAGCAAAAAAAAAAAAUAACGUGGAGCCUUAAAAUACUUUUAUUUUCCCCCAAUUUAAAUUUUAAUUCUUUUAUAUAAAUGCCAGAUUUCUAAAACAAGAAUUUUAAUGUUCUGACGUCACGAGUGAAGAAAGCCAUCUCGAGUCGAAGCGCGUGGCUGUCUUUUCUGCCAAGAUAUCGUCUUUUGGUCAUUUUCACUGCGAGUAAUUAUUAGCGUUGCGAAGAUUGUUAAUUAAAUAACAUAUUUAUUUGUCGAAGUUAAAGCAAUUUCUGAAACUUUAUUCUGGUAACCCUAGCGACUUGUUCACUUGUGCCGUCAGUAGCGAAAAUAAAAACAGCGACUGAUAGUCUUUUAAGAUUUUUUUAAAGAGAGAAAAUAGAUCAAAAGAAGAAAAAAAAAAAAACUCAUCCAAUGUCAUCGACCAUGCUAUUUCAGAAACAAAUAACUUUGAAAAAUGGUAAACUAUCCAAUUGUGGCAGUUUGACAAAGGGGGACGAAGGAGGAAACAACACAUCAGACUUCACACAUUUUGAUUGAAAAAAAAAAGCGUAUUUGUUGCAAAUUUUGUGUGUGAUAUGGCAUGAUAUAGGGCAAGGGAUGGCAGAAGGGAGGGGGAGGGGUAAACUAUGUUGGAAAUAAGUGUGACAUUAUUUGUGGGCCACCACCAAAUCGAAAAUUAAGAGAAGAAAAAUUCAGUGAGUCAAAUUCUGCUUCAAUAUAAAUCAUUGCUUUGCAAGUAUUAGAUUUUUUUUGUUUCUUAUUGAAAAAAAAUUCAACUUUACAUGAACUGUAAAACUACACAGAGGCAGUGAGAAGAAAAGGGAUGUAAGUUGCAAAGUUAAAAAUUUGGAGAUUUCCCAGAACAAAUAGUCGGAGGACUUCUCCUUUGUCUCUGAAGAGGUAGUACAAGCAGCAUAAGUAGGUGCUUCCGUAUAGCAUGAUUUAGAAAAAAAUCCAAUUAAAGCCAACAUAGGAUAUUAUCUUUAAACGCGUUUUACUCAAAACUUGAAAUUACAUUCUUUGCUUCUCACUACCUCAAAUCUCAUUUUUCCGCUUUACGCUCGACUUUUGCCUUCAUACUCUAAACAUUAAUUUUUUAAAAAUGUUUUAUAAAUGCAUUUUCAAUAAAAUCUAAUUUCUACCUAUUUGUUAAUUCUUGUGAAGUGCCAAAUUUCAUAUCAAUAUUUAUUCAAUCCAUUAAGAAUUGUUCAAUUAUAAAGAAAAUCAAGUUAAGGAUCAAUAUGAUAUAAAGUGAAAAUUAAAGGAAGUCACGUAAAAGUGAACAUCAAUAUUUUUUUAAAUAAAUUUGUCUUGCUUCAAAAGAAUAAUUACUAUUGUUUAUGUUACUAAUAGAAUUACUACUACCAAACAGUCAAGUAAUGUUAUAAAUUCAAAGAUGUAUCAUUCAAAGAUGUAUCACUCAAAGAUGUAUUACCAAGGAAAACAAUGUGGCCAAAGCUCGAGACAAAUAAAUCAAAAUAAUGAUGCACUGCAAAUGAAGCAUCUUGAAGCAAAAGGGUGUAAUUGCCAGCGCUAAAAAUUUGGAGAUACGUAUUUGGAUUUUCAUGGAAAUAAAUUAUUCUAGUAGCCCGAGUAGGUGCUGCUAUGCAGCAUAGUUUGGGAAAAUGUUGCAAUAAAAGCCUUUUUUAGACGCGUUUUCCUUAAAAAAAAUAAAAAAAUAAAAAUA